UGCAACGAACAACAUGUUCCUUUGCAAUAGUGGCGUCACUUUCAACGGAUCAUCGAUAUUUACACAUAAAUACGUUCUCGCUAAUUAUUAAACCAUUAUUAAAUAAGCGUAUAACAUAUUUUAAGUUUGCACCGUCGUCAGGAUGCAGUGUUGCGACUACUAGCGACGCGAAUCGAAACUGCAGAUGGACGAAAGAUGGACGCAAACUUAUGACUUUCUGUUUCUUUUUCGGUUCGCUUCGGCUCAGUCGCGCGCUCAAGGUCUCCCGGCAACCCUCUAACAGUAAGCGCGCACCCGGCGGAUGAAUUCAAAUCCCAGUCAGAACUCAAAUUCGAUUAAAAAAGGAGCACUCGGACUGAUUCGCUAGCGGCCCUUCGUUUUCACAGCCCAACCUUUGCUGGCUGUAUAUGGAUUCUCUUCCUGGUUGCAGCACAGUCACACACACUGCAUUUAAGUCCCACAAGACGCAGUUCAGCUCGAGAAAACUGUCGUCGAGUCUACAAAAAAGCCGAACCGCGUUGACUAGACAUUUUUUGACUAUUUUACGUAAAAGACACAAUAUUUUUAUCCGUGUAAACAGAAUAUCGUGAGCCACCGAGGAUGCGAAAUAUCUAAUAUAUCGAGUGAAAAGCAAAAGCCUGAGGAGACCUAUGCCUCGUCUUCAUGGAGAAUGAGACUACACAAGAAAAAGAAGUACAGAAAGGGUAUUAAAAGUGAAGUUAUGCAGUGACAAAUGGAUUGCGUGGAUCUCGUGUUGGGACACAUUACACGGAUCGAGACAAAUCAAACUUCUUGUCUCAACACGCAGUGAAAGAUGCUAAAAUGUUUAGCUAAUACACUACUCAACACUGGUCUUCUGGAGCCUGUGCUUCCUGGCUCUGUAACCUUUGAUGAGAGGAUUUUAGCACCGCUUCGUAACAACUAUUUGUAUCAGGAUUCUAGGGAAUGUUUCACAUACAACUCUGCCCAUUUAAUCAACAACCCUACUUUACAAAAACGGUAUGCUGCAUUCCGUGCUGAGAAACUGGAAAGGGGUUACUCUGAGCAGGAACUUGAAGAAUCAUUUGGCUUCCUGUUGUUUAAUGAUGAAAACAAGGCAAAGAAAGUUGGGGAAACAGGCUUGUUAGUUGGACAGGCAAAAUGCACUACUUUAGGAGAUUUCUCAAAAGGUGUCUAUAUCUCAAAAUACUCAGACUGCCUUGACCUGAAGCGCUGGUAUGAUGGCAAGACUGGCUACAUAGUCCUAUUGAAGCUAACCAAGGGCAGAGUGAAAGAGGUUACCGACAACUACACCCAGAAUUUCACCCUUCCCUCAGCUAGCUUUGAUUGCCAUGUCUCAGAGCAGAUUGGUGCUGUAUCUUCAACUACUAGUUCUUUCUUGGCCUAUGAGCGCACACAGUACUACAUGUAUGAAUUUGCUGAUGGAACUAGUGAAAUGGAAACACGUCCAAGACAUACUUGUCCAUUUGCCAUCGUGGCAUUCUCAUAUGGGAAGACUUCCACCACUUUAGAGUUGGAGGAAAAGAGCCAACAAAAAACAGUGUUUCAUUACAAACCAUGGACUGGCCAAUUCAAGAUUGAAUCAGCUGUCUAUGAUGUUGGACUUGAGUCUGUGAACGGAGCCUGGUUCCCAGCAAAACUCCCAAAAAUGGUUAAAAUUGACUGUGCAAUUGAUGUGUCGGAACUGAAGAAGACCUUACCGCAGGAAAUCUUUGAAACUUGCAUUGUUGGUGAAGUUUGUAUUGAUGGCAGAUGUUUCAACUUGUAUGACGUUGUCUCAUCUGAGGCAAAAAAUGACCUUGCUCAAAUAACCCAGGAGCUGAAAGAAAAAGACAUGGCUUUUGUUAUACCACUGGAUGGUUCUGGAUUCCUUAUACUGUUACACUCUUCACACCUCUUCUCUUAUGAAGAUGCAAGGUCCGGUAAGGCAGCAGCACUUCAAGGCAUGUUUAUUUUUCCAGACUCUAGAGCUGUACCAAGAGAUACCAAGUGUGGACUACAAAAGCCAAAGGUGUCGACAGAUAUAAUGGAAGUGAUCCCAGCAAUUAACUAUGCAGAAACAGAGAUGAAAAAAUAUCCUCCAAGCCAGAAGGGGACCCCUCAUACAGUUUUAGAGAAGCAUCUGCAAAACUAUGCCACUCUUAUUCAUCCAGGGCUAAUGGACAAUCCCACCAGGGAAGCCACAAUGUUUCCAGACCAAUACGACGUGCCUGGCGGUUUUACUCUAAUAGCCCCUAAAUGGUCACAAGAGACUGGAACUCAAUUAAAAUCCUAUUUUGAUGAGCCUUGUGGCUUUACAAUUCCUGUAGGAAGGGCACUGGAGUUACUGGCUGCUGGUCGACAGCAUCGGGGUGAUGAUCAUGAUGAUGAUGUAUACUACUGUAUAUCAUCACCAGAGGAGAUGCCUCAGACUCCUGCUGAUGCCCAUCUGGACAUGGAGGUGCCGGAGCAAACCAAGGCCAUCAGUGGUGGUCAUAGUGCCUCUGACGUGGUAGUUCAAAAAGUUGAGAAUCUAAAAAAUGAGGGGAAGCAUUUGUCUACAGAGCAGCCUCAACCAGAUUUGACAGAGGAGCUUGGAACCUUGGGAACAGCUGUAGUUACAGCUGACGGUGUGUUGGAGAACCCAAUUCCUACAGUGUCGCCCAAGUUGGGUGGUGCGCCUACAGAACACUGUGUAAGUAAUGGCACUGAUGUAGAGAAAACAACUCAACAACAAGUCAGUACUGAACAAUGUAGUGGAGUGGUUGAAGGUUUAUCAUCCCAGGAAACUCUCAUCCAAACUAGCAGUACACUGUUAACUUUAUCAAUGGAAGAAGGUGGUACUGCCUCAAGUGGGGGAAUGGAGAAUAAUAAACAUCCUGAUAAAACAAAGGCAGAUUCUAUUAAGAAAGUAGAUGGGAGGUCUCUUCCUAGGCGUAGAGGUAGGAAGCCCAAAAGGCAUUGGAAAGCCAUGCAGGUUAAAAAAGACAUUCAAAAAGAGCCUGCUUUACCAACUUCAAGUUUGCCUCUCACUUUACCAGUGGACUUCACUGAAGCCAUUAUUGUAGACCCUACAAAUGACCAGACUGACAAACACUCUCGGACUGAGACUGUGCCUGCUAAUAACACCAAUCAGAGACCCCAGUCAAGUAGUAGGGGCAGGGGACGCAGGCAAAAGUGUGUGACUCGAAAUCUGAGCAAAGCCACACAAGAGCAAUCCCCUUUUAAAACAACAGCCAUACCUACAAGUGUGUCAGCCGAAACUAUUCAUAACCAAAGUAUGACAAAUGAGACACCGAGUCCUUCAAAAGGAGACUGGCGGUCUCUUCCAAGGCAUAAAAGAUUGUGGAAUAGUGAUAUCAAUCUGAAGCGUUCCUUGAGAUCAGAUGCAGUAAAGAGUGAUGAUAAUGACCCACAACUCGAUGCCACAGAAGGGAGUUUGUCUAGUGCGCCCAAGAGAAAGAUGGAGGGAUUAAGCAUGAGGGAACGAUAUGGUCUUAAGACCAUAAUCACAAACUGUGGCAGGGUCUUUGUCCCUCACGGCUCAGAUGUAGCUUGUGAGGACAUAGAAACUUCAAACAAGGUGCAAAAUAAUAGCACAAUUGAGAAAAUGUUUGUUGAGACAAGCAUUGACACAAAUGCACAAAUUAUUUAUCCCGUGGAGAACAAAUCCACAGAAAUAGUGGAAAGUUGGGGAGCAUUUCCCUUGAUGGCAAAGGAUGAAUACCCCUCUAAAGAUCCAGUGGUCUGUGAAGGUGAAGACAAGCCUUCAAAAGAUAAGCCAUGUGUUCAGCAAGUUUCACCAAUAACAACAUUGGGCAAACAAAACAAAUAUAGCCCAUCAGAAAUUGACAAAUGUCAGCAUUUAUCUUCAAAACAAUCAGAGUCCAUGACUACUACACUGAAUGAGGCGUUAUGCCUUCAAGACACUAUCAAAGAUCAAUCCGCUGCUAUUCAAGCAGAUGAAGCUACCAGACUACUCACAGUUCCUGACCAGUCCAUGCACUCUGACCCUAAUGUAUCCUCUCCUGAGAAUAUCAAAAAGAAAGCAAAACAUGUGUACAGUGCAAUAUCUAUAAGUAAAUUAAAGACGGUGCUCAGAAGGGGAAAGAGGACUAAAUCACCUUCCCCCAGUGACAAUGGGAUAUCUGAGCCAGACAACACAGAACCAGAGUCAAAAAAAGGAAAGCCUGGCUUCAUCAUGGAUCUAAUGCUGGAUAAUAACAGCAAUAAAGAGUUGAAAGACAAAGGAUCACAAUCCAUCAAUGAUGAGGGACAGCACACAAAUGGAAGCCAUGAUCCAAUGAGAGCCUUUGAGAGAACCAAACAGACUGUGUCUUGGAGAGGUCUUAUUCACAAGACCUCAAAAGAAAAUGGGUCCCUCAAUUUUGACACAUCAGCACCUUUUGAAAUAGUUAAACAAGCUGAUCAGCAGCUUAUAUCAUCACUUAUUGGGGAAGGGGUGGGAAGGACAAGAAUUAGCUCUGAUGGCAAUGGCAGUACAGAGAAACUGACCACGGGUACAGCGCUGCCCUUAGAUGCUUUGAGUUUACUUGCUGACUUGGCCCUUGGUGCAAGUAACAAUAAAAUGUUAACAAACUUAGAAGCCAAGCCUGAUCAGGAGACCGCUGCUGGAGUCAAGGGCACUGGCUCCCCAGAGUCAGUCCUUCAUGCUCUUCUUCGGUGUCCAUCCACCAGAUUUAAAUUACCCCCCAGGUCUCCUUUCCCAGAGGGUCUUGUUGUGACUGGGGAGUUGAUUUUGGAAAUAUCAAAAGAGCAUUCUUACUCACAGCCCACCUCUCUAAUAUCAGGUUUGUCAGGUACAUGCCCUCAGGUUUCCUCUCCAGCUGGAUCUGUAGAAUCUCCACUGUCCUUGAAGGCUGGGCUGCAUCUGAACCUGCCCAGAGACACUGCAGCCAAUUUUUAUCAAGAGGAAGGAGACAAAGCUGAGUGGAAGCAUCUGAUUUCUCAAAAUGUGCCAGUCCCAUCAACCCUCAAGACGAAAAAGCGGGGAUCCAAAAUAUUCCGCAACAGACGCAUAAUCGAAAAGGAGGGAUCCAUUCAAGUGAUGAGGAUUUGGAGAGAAACAUAUGAGUUUAAAUAUGACAGCAGGUUCACCAAUGACAAUUUAGACAAAACUGUAUCACGAGCACUUCAUGGCAAAUGGAACUUUGACAUUGAAGACACGUUUGAGGAGGUCCAUCUCAUUUUUCACAUGUGGAUUGGUCUUUUCUAUAGUAAAUCCACCUCCAGGUUAUUUCUUCUUGACAGUAGUACUGCACUUCCAAAGAGGAAGGAGACUGCAAAUGUUCAGCAGGAUAGAAACCCCAUUCAGACUCCAUCAUUGCUCAGUGUUGAGUUAAGCUCGAAAGAGGACCCAGCCCAGGCCUUGCCUCUUUCAUCAGAUAUUUUGGAUCUUUCUGUGAAAAACUGUGAGCCUGUGAAUCUCCAUCCAGUCUCAAAACAAAGCAAAGAAGAUAACAUUGCAUUACAUUCUGGUGUGAUAUCAUUCCAUAAGCAUGAAAUUGCACCAAGACAUUUAUCUUCUGGAACAAAAGUCACCUUCUCCAUUCCAACACUUACAGCAUUGAUGAAUUAUAGAUCUGUGCACAUACCAGUGGAAAAUUCAAUUCCUGACAAAGAUGACACUGAUGAAGAAAAUGAUGUCAUUGCUGAUUGUUCAUACUCUCAGCACUUGGAAACAAACAGUGCAUACAAUCAGUUGUGUGAGCAAGCAUCAAAUAUGAGCAUAGGUAUUCAACCACAUCUACAAAUAGCAAAGUUAAUAAAUGUUUCAAAAAAUCUACAACCCAUCAGAAUUACCCCUUCAAAAGAAAUUGGCGUGUUCCAUCAAGUCAUUUGUCCCAUAAAACCCUCAGUAUUUUCAAAACAACAUAGUUCGGUUUUGGAUAGGAAACGUUUUGAUCAGAGCUUUAAGAAGAAAACUGGAAAUGGAGCACCUGCAGUACUGCAGAAGGAGGCUGUGUCUGAGAAUGCAGAGAGUAAAGUGCUUUUGGAAGCAGAUAAAACCCAGGAUGGUUGCCCAGUGACUGUGAGUGAUGGAAAUGUUGACAAGACCAUAGCAUUUCAAACUGAAGAUGCAGCACCUGUUUUGGUACAGAAUGAAAAUGUUUCUGAAAUGGAAGACUCUAAAGAAGUUUCUGGUGAAGAUUGUCAGACUUCCACCCUGGCUAUUGUGGAAGAUGAAAAUGUUGAGGAAAACAUAACUUCCAAAAGUUCUAGCAGAGAUCAGGCUAGUUUUGCGGAGCAUCAUGAGACUCCUCGUGCAAAGGGGAAGCUUAAACAUUUGGUAGAUGUAAAAGAUCACACAAAUGCAAUUGAACAUCAUGUUGAAGAGCUGAGAGAAGUUUCAUCACAUCAAAUUGGAAUUGAAGAGCAUAUUGAGACUGUUAAUGCAAAGGAAGAACUUAAACCUUUGCUUGAUGUAACAGAUCACGCAAAUGUGGUUGAUGCAUCAUCCCAUGUCAUUGAAGGGAACAACACUAAAGAUCCAUCGGAAGAGAGAAAUGAAAGUUAUAUAGGUGAGCAAGAAGAUCAGAGUAAAUCUAAGGAAAGGAUUAAGCUGGAUGACAAUGAUUCUGAAUCUGAGAUAUCCACAACGAUGGUGGAACAUAAGGUUGAAUUUGUUUUGGGUCUAAGGUAUGAUACAAAUAAUGUUGAUAUGGAAGUCUGUGAUGAUGAUUCAGAUGACAAGGCACAAAUCGAAGCUUAUGAAAACAACUCCUCCAGUGUCAAAUCAUUUGUGGCAGAGCCCAUAAUUUGUGCCUUCAUCAGUGAAGACCAUGAUGUCAAGAUGCAAAAGAAUGAAACAGAACCUGAGGCCCAAGUGGUAUUUCAUGAGGAGGUAAACCCAGGAGAUGAUGCCUAUGAAGAAACUGUCACUGUUUCAAGUUUAGGAGACAUGAGCUCAGUGACCUCUCAGCUCAUGUCAGUUCAAGAGCAACACACCUCAACUCCUAAUAAUGAAAAUGCUGAUGUAAUUCAAAAUGGGAGUGAAAACAUAACCCUUAAGCAGAGCAUAGUGGUACAACAAGAGGCUCUUGAUAUAUGUCAAGAUGAGUCAAAACCUACAAAUAACACUGAACCCAGAAAAUUAGAUAUUAGUCACACAGAAAAAGAUGAAAAAAGUGAUUUAGACCAACAGGAUUUGACUGAAACAGUCAGUGGUGAUGACGAUACACUUGUUAACAAUAAUGAGACACAAAGUCAAAUGUCACACUCAUGUGAAGACAAAACUCAAUUGAUCAGUAUGCACCAAAAAGGUGUGUCUCCUAAAGUUUGUGCGUCACUCCACAAUAGCACUAAUAUCUAUUGUAAUGAAAUGGUUGCUUUGACAAUGAACAAAACAUCAGAAGUUGGGGUAAACAGCAUCUGCUCUACUCCCACUCAGGAUGAAUUUCUAUAUGAUCCAGAAGUAAAUGAAGGUUUCAGAAAAGUCUCUAAUUUGAAGGAGGAUUUGAAUAAAGAUCUGUUUUCUGACAACACUGAUCAUGAUGUCACCAUGUUGUCACCAAAAAGUCUAGUGAGCCCUCAUGCCCAUGUCUGUUCCAAAUUACCAUUCUCUGACUUUAUAGAAAAUUGUGAAGAAAAUGAAGAGCCAGGGUGGAAGAACAGCAAAUACUGUGGCACAAUGAAUUUUAAAGCUAAAGAUAACUCUACUUCCCUACAAAAAGAUGAAGAGUACAGUAGCUUCACAGAGGGUGCUCCUCAAAAUGACUCUAAACUUUUAUACAGAGACAAUGAUGAAGACGAUUUGCAUGGAUAUUACCCUGAAUGUCCAUCUGAUCGAGGUUUACUAUGGCGUGAUUGCAAAACUGAUGGACCAGAUAGCUGUCAAACUUAUCCGUAUGAUAAGAAUUCUAAAGGUGACACUUAUCCCCCCAUUUGUUCCUUGUACAGUACUUCUGAGCUCAGAGAGGAUUCCUACAGACCAAAAAAGCUUACAGAGAAAGUGAUGGGUAACGUUUUGGGGGCAAAAAAGAAUUACAAGUCAGAUCGAACUCCAGAAAAGCGGUCUAGAAAAAGCAAAUUCACAGGUGCCUUUUGUCGAAAUGCUGAGUGGGAUGAAGAAGACACUUCCAUUGUUAUUCCAGACUACAGCAUUAGAAAAACAUGCUUUGAGACAUACCGAAUAAGGCCGACUGUUACAGUCACAGUUAAUAACCUUCCACAUGAUAGGGGAAGCAAGGAGCGAUUUGACUGGUGUAGGUAUUUCAGAAGAGAAGCGGCUUCCAGGCAAGUAUUUGAUUCCAGUGAGGGGAAUAAAAAAUUCGACAUUCCACCCUCAUCCAUUGUCACCAUUCUUGACAAGAAAGGAAACCGAGUUACAUUCGAUAACUCUCACACCAAACAAUCAGGUGUAAGUAGUAUGAAACCAGGACUUGAAAACUCGUUUAAUCAGUGGCAAGAUCAGCAAAGAAAGGCUGACGUGACCCAGUCCGCAGUGGAUCUCGAGUACCUUAUCUUCUCUGAAAAACUUAAUCGGAUUCUCAAAGAAAGUAAGAGUUCUCUCAGUACCACAUCACACUGUAGGUCAAAUACUGAUCUUACUAAAUUUCCAAUGACCGUUCGGUUUUCAAAUUUCGAUGAACUUGAGAGCUCCACUGAACUUAGUAAACCACAACCAGCACUUACUGAGUUGAAGAUUAAAGUGGAAAUGCCAGACAGAAAAGGGAUAAGGGAGCCUGCGAGAAACAGCAAACCCUUGAAUCUUCGAAGACUUUUCUACAAAAAAGGCAAUGAGGUAGAGUGCUCCAGAAUCUCAGAAAUAACAGAGCAGUGUGGUUUUUCGUACAAGUCCAUGAUGAAUGAUGUCUGCUCUGGCAAGACCCUUCGGCACCAAACUGAAGCAAUCAAAAAGAAGAGGGAUCAAGAGAGUGUCAACCAACAGUCUGGAUUCUGUGGACGUAUCAAGAAAGACAUGUUUGACAACCUUCACGACAAUCUCAAUUCUAUUGUGAGGCAAGCAUGCAACAUUAAGUAUAGGUUUUAUAUUCUUGUCACGUCCAAAGAUCCCUUCUUUGAAGAAACCAAGAACAUGUUAGAGAUUAAUGGCCACAUACCUGUAGAGCCAGAUGAGUUUGACCUCAAUGGCAACUGUCAAUCCCCCCUUCUAAUUGUACUGAGGAAUGAGGAUAUUCUGGAGCACGUAUGUGAGGUGCCUUAUUUGCUGGAAUUGAAAAAGUCAUCCAGCGUCCUGUUUGCUGCCAUUGACCGACCUGAUGACGUGGUGAACCUCACUCACCAAGAGCUUUUUGCUAAGGGAGGCUUCAUAGUGUGUGAUGAAACGGCUCUUGACACACUUUGUCUAGGCAACAUGAAGAAAGUUGUGGCGAUCCUGGAAGAAUUAGACAAGAAAGGAAAAUGGAAAUGGUUUUUGCACUAUAGGGACAGCCGUAAGCUUCGAGAAAGUGCAAGGUCCAGUCCUGAGUCGAGGAAGAAGCAGCAAUUUAUAGAUUGCUGUCAGGAAGCUGGCAUUGUCGAGGUAUUGCCCUAUCAUGAUUGUGAUGUCAUAUCACGGGAUCGACCAGACUACCUCUUCUGUGUAACUCGUCUCCAGAUCCAAAAUGCCACUGUUCGGUUUCCUGUGUUUAUUACAGACACACCAGCUGAUUCUUUUGGAAAAAAUGGCAUUUUAACCAUGAACGUUUACACAUUCUCACGGAUACUCUCAAAUGACACUUGUUCUGUCUCAUGAAGUGUAGGUUUUUUGUUUUGUUUUGUUUUUGUUUUUAACAAAAUAAAAUUACUUACAGUUGGUAAGUACACCGUUGUUCAUAGUAAUAAUUUAUUGUUUAGUGUAAAUUUUGCAAUAGAGAAGUAUGUUACUCUGUCAUAUAAUUUCGUAUAAACAAUGUAAAAGCUUUCAUCAUUUCUAAACUGUCUGCGAAAACCCAAAAGUAUGUACAUAUAUAGGUCAUGAAAAUAUUUUAGUAAGUUUUAACAUGAUUUCACAUUUUUAUAUAUCACUUUGACUAAAACUAAUAAAUAAACUGAUUUAGUAUGGCU